AUGGACGCUACCGACGAUCUGCACGAAGCGAUGUUCGCGAAGCGAGGCUGUUGUUUCAUCCUCCCCUGUUUCGGAUCAUCUCAGCCGUCUGGUCACGACGGAUCUGUCUGGUGGCAACGAAUCAGAGCCGUCGAUAAACUGGAGCCUGACGAUCGGUGGUGGAUGUCCGGGUGGAAUAAGAUGAGGGAGUGGUCUGAAAUCAUGGCUGGGCCCAAGUGGAAGACUUUCAUCCGACGUUUCGGCCGUAGUCACUGCUGCGGCGGCGAUAACGGUUGUAGUCGGUCGGAUCAGGUUAACGUCCGGUACGAUUCGUGGAGCUACUCGUUGAAUUUCGACGACGGAAGACAGACGGGUCGUUUCGAGGACGAGUUUCCUUACCGUGAUUACUCGAUGAGAUUCACGGCGCCGUCUCUGCCGGUGUCCACGAAAUGUUCGAUUGACUUUGACAACGAUAACUACGCGCCGUCGCUGCUUAAGUAA